AGAAUCCCAGGAAAAGCAAAAGACAGCAGGGGCUCGGUAACUCUCGCAGUAGAAGAAUUCACUGAGUGGGCAAAAACCCUGAGAGGAGGAGUGGAUAGACAAUCCCGCUACCCUCGGAAGAGGGAGAUUGAAUAUGGAAGGGCAGCAACAGCUAGAAUUAGACAUAGUCAUGGAUGGUCAGGAUGGAAGCCAGGAGAGGCAGGAAGAUGGGCUUGAUGAACGAGUCAGGUUGCUCCUCACCAUGUGCUAUGACGAGGGCCUUUGCCCGGAUGACAUUCCAUUCGAGGAUGUGUCCGUAGAAGGGAAUGAAGCAGUACUUACGGUCGAUGCCCGUUACGAUGGGAUCAAAAUCCAAUGGCUUAAAGAACGCACGGUGUUCAUUAUUUUCAGAGGUGAAGCGAGGAACCUUCCUCGGAAGGUAAAAGAGGACCUCGUUAGGGCCUAUGAGAACGGGUGGAGAAAGGAUGGGGUUUUCAAUCCCCAGGUGGGUAAAGGGAGGGUGAAAUUCGAGGGAGCCAAUGUAAUCUCUUAUGUUGCAAGAGACAGUGUGGUGGCGGAAUGGAUGGCUAAUGAGGGAUCAGGGGAAGUUCAGCUGAAAGGGAAACGGUACGUGUUCGAGAUGAAACCUUGGGUACCGAGAGCCGAGUGGAGAGAACUACGGAAAACUGAGAUGGAAAACACAUUCUGGGUGUUGGUCAUCCAAGUACCGCUCGAUGCGUAUUUCUAUCUCAAAUCGUCGCUAGUACGGGUCAUUGGCCCGGUGUUGAGUAUGGACCCCCCGGACAGAUUCGCCUCGAACCCGAGACUGCUCAAUAUAAAGUGCACUUUGGAUCCGGACUGUCGAUCGAAAUUUGUCGAACGGGUGUGGGUACGCAUGGAACAGGGGGAUAUGGUGGAGGUAAGAUUAGCCUCAUCUUCCACACCAUACUGUACGCGCUGCCGGUGGUACUUUCACACCGAGGACCAAUGUACAAGGAAGAAGAAUAACCGAAAUGGUCGGCGCAGUAACUUCCGGCGGGAUCGAGCAUCCCAAAGGAUGGACGAAGAUGAUGACGCAUCAUCGUCCGCCUCCAGUUCACAAUCGAGAGCAGAGUCAUGGGCCGCAAGACACAGAAGCUCUCCCAGAUACCAAGGUGCACUAUCGAACCACGGACCCAGAGGCAAUGGUAGGCGUACCAGGAGUCCAUCCCCGGUUAGAUCUCCACAUCGCUGCUUCGACCCUGUUGAGAAUGGAGGGGAGAGGCACACAGCAGUUAAUAACCCAAUUUUCUCCCCCGGACCAGCCCCGUGCCCUGAACUGCACAGGUCCUACCUUCGGGUAGACGAGGACGACCACCUUGGACUGCAGGGUAGGCAAGGUUCCACAUUGCACAACAGCCAAGCGCUGGGGUUAGCAGCACUCUUUCCAGGUAGAACAACAGGGGCAGGUGGGGAGGAACCCCCACCCCCGGGAACUGAGAUACCGCCUGUUGGAGUGCUCCGCCCAGUGCCAAUUAGGCCAGCCACUUGUGCAGGGGCAGGUAGAAGCCUGAACAUCAGGCAGGAUUCCGGUGAGGAGGCGGCUUCCUCAGCGGUACAAGUGCAUGGGAGAAGUACAAGAGGACAGUCUCCUCUCAAGGCAGCUAGAGUUGUACGAACCAGUAUCUCAUCGGCAUGCCCCCUCCUGCUGGAGGCCCCUCCGAAGGAGGGAAGGCCAACGGGAGAGGAAUCAAAAGCCUCGCUCCAUAGUAGAACUGAAUCCUCCUCCUCUGCCCAUUCAGGUUCGAGAAUCGGGAUACCACAAACGGGGGUUAAAACUUCCCGUAGCAGAAGGAUGAUUACGGUCUCAAAAAGCCAGCCCAUCCUCGAGAAGUGGCUAAUGCCGCUCAUCUGCACCAUGGUGAAUGGAACCGUCCACGUAAUUGCGUGGCAGCCCAUGGAAUUGAAAGUUACGUUCUUAACCCAGCAAACAAAGGAACCAGUCACCCCGCAGGCUAUCCUCACUGCAGUGAAAUCCAUAUUCAGAGAGCGCUUCCUAGUAAGGCUGGUGCCAGACAUGGCACUACCAAGGCUUUAACAGGAACUGGAGGACAAAACCUGCAAGAUUCUAGUCCCAGUGCUUGACGCUCUGAUUCCACAGGAGAAGCUGGAACCCCUCCUCACGGAGGGUCUCAGACUGAUCCCUCUCACCCUGUUCGUCAACGAGGAUGCAGAUUCCCUCCAACAAUUGUGUAUACAGCACGUGGCAGAUGCGAGUAUCCUGAGCAAACUAAACGGGAAACUCCCAAAGAACAAAAUGCUACAGUCCAU